AUGGCGUACCAGACAGGCGGCAACAUACGCAAGAAGUUGGUUAUUGUCGGCGACGGGGCGUGUGGGAAGACGUGUCUGCUCGUUGUGUUCUCCAAAGGGCAGUUCCCGGAGAUCCAUGUGCCCACGGUGUUCGAGAACUACGUGGCAGAUGUGGACAUCGACGGGCGACGCGUAGAGCUGGCACUGUGGGAUACAGCGGGCCAGGAGGACUACGACCGGCUGCGGCCAUUGUCGUACCCGGAUUCCAAUGUGGUGCUUAUCUGUUUCUCUGUGGACCUACCUGACUCGCUGGACAAUGUGCAGGAGAAGUGGGUCAGCGAAGUUCUGCACUUCUGCCAGGGCGUGCCAAUUUUACUGGUAGGCUGCAAGGUGGAUCUGAGAAACGACCCUCAGGUGCUCCAGCAGCUGCAGGCCGAGGGCCAGCGCCCCGUGACCGCCGCAGAGGGCUCAGCCGUCGCCGGUAAGAUAGGCGCCGUCGCCUACCUCGAGUGCUCUGCGCGCACAGGCCAGGGUGUGAAGGAGGUUUUCGACACUGCGACCCGCGCCGCACUCUCUGGCAAGCCCGCCGCGUCUGCAGGCAAGAAGAAGGUCCACGGUGACAAGAAGAAGAAGAAAUGUCUGGUCCUGUGA